AUGAAGACGACCACAAACACAACCGCCGCAACAGCAGCGCAAACAACACUCAACGAAGAAACAACUUCCAUCGCAACACUCGUCCCCGUCCUAGCCAUCCUCGACAGCUUCAACCACCGCAACAAGAACCAGCACCGCGUAGCCCGCUGGUGGUCCGCCUUUGACCUCCUCCGCCGCGCCGUCCGCCGCCUGCACGACGCUCUCGAGGCCCAGGCACGUCACCGCCGCGCCCUCAGCUUCAAGUCAAAGUCCUCCUCGUCCUCCUCGAAAAGGUCAUCCGCGGCGGCCGCCGCCGGAGGAAAACCCACCAGCAGCAGUGCUGAGCGUCGUCAGCAUGCGCUAGACGAAGAUGUCGCUGCUAGGGUGCGGGUGCUACUAGAUUCCACCAUCCCCUCGUCCUUUUCAGCCUUUACACAACUAGCAGCAGACAACCAGCACGCCGCCCUAGGUCUGGUCCUACUAGGCCUCCUAGCCCGCAUCAACUCCGUCGUCACACUCCUGGCUCCUGCUCCUACUCCUGCUCCUCGGCUCGAAAAGGCCAUACCAGCAGGCGAUGUCGCUACUACCUCUUCGUCAUUUUCAACAACCAAAAGUGCAGCAGCAGUCACCGUGGCAGAUGAGAGAUACCACCAGCAGCAGCAGCAGCAGCAGCAACAAUCCGAUUCAAAGGGUCUCGGCGUGGCCAUAUCUCGGGACCAACUCAAGCUUGCCGCGAAACCUGUAGAUCACCACCCCUCCUCAUCAGUAUCAACAUUAUCAUUGUCACGGAAUGUCGAUGAAGCAUCAGCUACCGUCCCUCAAAAGAAGCGCAAGUUGGCGAGUGUGCCUCCUCCUGAGACCAAAGCUAGCAAGCCAGCAAAGGAGGAAAAGCCAGUAAAGAAGAAAAAAAAGGCAAAGAAGACGGACGACUUUUCCGAUCUGUUCAGUUCGCUCAUGUAG